AUGGACACAACUUAAUACACAACAUCUGUGAAGGAGUUGAAUCAAAACUGGGUCGAAGCCUAAUAUGCAGUCCGAGGUCUGGUGCCAACGACAGCUGCAAAGAUUCAAGAGGAGAUUAAGAGCGGUAAGUAAUAUCCCUUUGAUUCCAUAACGGAGUUAAACAUUGGGAAUCCCCAAACAUUCGGAUAGAAGCCAAUCUCAUUUAAUAGAAGUGUGUUGGCAGCAAUGUUGGAUCCAUUGGUUCUUCAGCAUUAAUCUGAAGAUGUCUAGAGAAGAGUGAAACAUUACUGUGACAAGAUAGGGUUCCAAGUAGGUGCUUACAGUUAAUCUGCAGGGUAUCCAGUUGUGAGGGAAGCCUUGGCUAAGUAUGGAUUGUUUUUCAUCCAUGAAUAGCUUCAUCCAAAAGAGAGAUGGGACAGCCGAGAGACCGAACAUCAACGAUAUCUUGUUGACUGAUGGAGCAUCAGCAGGAAUCACGUUGAUGUUCAAUUUGUUGUUGAAGGAUAACAAAGAUGGAGUGAUGAUCCCGAUUCCAUAAUAUCCGCUUUAUUCGGCAGUCAUUACUCAAUGUGGAGCCCAACAAAUCCCAUACUAUUUGGUUGAAGAAAAAGGUUGGUCAGCUGAGUAGAGUGAAUUGGAAGCCCAAUAUGAAAAGGCCAAGCAAAAUGGGAUAACUCCAAGAAUCCUUGUGUGUAUCAACCCUGGCAAUCCCACAGGCCAGGUAUUCGAUAAAUAGAGCAUCGUAGAAAUGAUAUAGUAAUCAUGCAGAUAUAUUAUCUAGAUUUGCAGCACAAAAGAAAAUUGUAAUUUUCGCAGAUGAAGUGUAUUAAGAGAACAUUUACGUGGAAAACAAGAAGUUCAUCUCAUUCAGGAAAGUGGCUCUUGAGUUGAAUGCUAAUGUAGAAAUCUACUCUUUCCAUUCCAUUUCUAAAGGCAUCACUGGAGAAUGUGGACUCCGAGGUGGAUACAUGGAAAUUACCACUAAAAUCGAUCCCGAUGUCCAUUUCCAAAUUCACAAGUCCAAAAGUAUAAGUGGCAAUUAUCUGUUAGCAGUGAUGCUCUGUCCAAAUGCCAUUGGCUAAUUAAUGGCUGGCCUGAUGGUCACUCCACCCACCAAAGAAGAAGGAUGUUCAGAUCUUACUAUUCAACAAUACAACGAAGAAUGUACUUCCAUUUUCGCUAGUUUACAGAGGAGAGCAGCAAUCGUUACCUAAUUCUUGAAUGAGACCAAGGGAGUUUCCUGUCAACCCAUUGAAGGAGCUAUGUAUGCGUUCCCAAAGAUUGAACUACCAGGUUAUAUAUAUAUAUUUAUUCAUCCUUAGAAAAAUUCAUUUAAUUUGCAAAAGAGUAAAAUAAAGAACCUGAUGUCGUUUAUUGUUUGGAUUUAUUGAAUGAAACAGGAUUGGUGGUUGUCCCAGGCUCAGGUUUCCUCCAAUAUCCAGGUACUUAUCAUUUCAGAAUGACAAUCCUCAUUUUACCAGAAGAAAAGCUACUUGCUAAAAUGAAGAUAUUCAAAGAGUGGCAUGAAACUCAUAUGUCUAAAUUCCAAUGA